AUGUUUCCAGCUCUGAAAGAGGCCCUGGGAACCGGUCAGACGGUGGUGGUGUCCGGAUUGGACAGUCCCGACGGACUGGCCUGUGAUUGGUUGGGAAAAAAGCUCUACUGGACGGACUCGGAGACCAAUCGGAUCGAGGUGGCCAACCUGGAUGGCACCUCCAGGAAGGUCUUGUUUUGGAUGGACCUGGACCAGCCUCGGGCCAUUGCCCUCAACCCCUCUCAGAGGUUUAUGUACUGGACAGAUUGGGGGGAGGAGCCCCGGAUAGAGCGCGCUGGGAUGGACGGCAGCAGCAGGAAAGUGAUCGUGAACGAGGACAUUUACUGGCCCAACGGCCUCACCAUCGACCUGGUGGAGCAGAAGCUGUACUGGGCCGAUGCCAAACUCAGCUUUAUUCACAGAGCCAACCUGGACGGAUCCUCACGUGAGGCGGUGGUGGAGGGCACCCUGACCCACCCGUUUGCACUAACGCUGUCUAAGGAAACUCUGUACUGGACGGACUGGCAGACCCGCUCCAUCCACGCCUGCAACAAGCACAGCGGAGACAAAACCAGGGAGAUCCUCAGUGGGAUCUACUCCCCCAUGGACAUCCAGGUGCUGGAGCCCUACCGGCAGCCCUACAGUAAGAAACGGCAGGAGGCCUUACAGUUGGAGGACUGGUUCCAGUGUGUUUGUUUGAUGGCUUCCUCGCUGACAUCUGUCCAGAAGAUCAGGCCCUCGGAGAACAGGAAGUCCACCGCCGCCGCGUCCUCCAGCUCGCUGACAACAAUGGCCGACUCGCCGCGCACGCCCUCCGCGUCCACCAGCCGCACGUCGCGCCGGUUAGCGAACAGGAGGAGGGGCGAGCCUGGAAACAGAAGAAAACCUGGGGCAGAACAGGUUCUGCUAUUGGCUCGUCGAACGGACCUCAGGAGGAUCUCACUGGAUCUACCGGACUUCACAGACAUAGUUCUCCAGGUUACCAGGCUAAAUGGGACGUCUCGGAAAAUUCUUAUUUCGGAAAACCUGGAUGAACCUCGAGCCAUUGUUCUGGAUCCAGUGAACGGUUUGAUGUACUGGACUGACUGGGGGGAGAACCCCAAGAUUGAGCGAGCUAACCUGGACGGGACGGACCGGGUGGUGCUGCUCAACAGCUCUCUGGGAUGGCCAAACGGACUCGCCGUGGACUACGCCGCCGGAAAACUCUACUGGGGAGACGCCAAAACGGACAAGAUAGAGACCCGGGGCUCCGUCUCCAUUCUCCGGAUCCAGAAGAUCCAGACCCGCGUCCCCGGUGCGUAA